ACAACGGAAAUGAUAACCGAGAGUGCGCCCGAUCCUCCUCUCGCGAUAUUUUAGCCAUCUGUAUUUAGGUUGCCUCCAUUACCAACAAAAAACUCGACACUGGAUUAGCUAUGUUAUCUGGUCAAUAGCGGUCAAGCUCUCGAGGCUGUUGUCGAUACAGAUAAAUGAAAAUAUUAACGUUUUGUUAUCGCAAUGAAGUUACGUUCCUUGUAAUGUUAACGUUCGCGCGUAACUACUGGAUUCCGUUUCUCAAUACGUAAAACGCUAGCAGCUAGCUAGCUAGCUGGGCUAACGUUAGCUGCCCGCACUGUGUGUUAGUUACACCAAGUUUGUUUUAUUGCAGCCACAUAAGUUUGCCACUACACCCCAGUUCAGCUGAUUAUAGUCGUUUUAACAACACAUUGGGACCACAAAGAGCUUCAGAGAAUGCUGGCGACGGGAGCAGGAUCUCCAACGAAGCUUCAAAUAAAGGCUGUAACUAACGUCACAGCCCUGGCCCAGGUAGACAGGGAGAAGAUCUACCAAUGGAUCAAUGAGUUGUCCAGUCCAGAGACCAGAGAAAAUGCCUUGCUGGAGCUAAGCAAGAAACGCGAGUCUGUGCCAGACCUGGCACCAAUGCUCUGGCACUCCUGUGGCACUAUUGCUGCCCUGUUGCAGGAAAUAGUGAACAUCUAUCCAUCUAUAAAUCCACCUACACUUACAGCUCACCAAUCUAACAGAGUGUGCAAUGCCCUGGCACUUCUGCAAUGUGUUGCCUCACACCCGGAGACACGGUCAGCUUUUCUUGCUGCUCACAUCCCUCUUUUCCUUUACCCUUUCCUGCACACUGUGAGCAAAACACGUCCGUUUGAGUACCUGCGACUUACCAGCCUCGGAGUCAUAGGUGCUUUGGUCAAAACCGAUGAACAAGAAGUGAUUAACUUCCUCCUCACCACUGAAAUCAUCCCGCUGUGUCUCCGCAUUAUGGAAUCAGGGAGUGAGCUCUCCAAGACGGUCGCUACUUUCAUACUGCAGAAGAUCUUGCUGGAUGACACAGGGCUGGCCUAUAUAUGUCAGACGUAUGAACGCUUCUCCCAUGUGGCCAUGAUUCUUGGCAAAAUGGUGCUCCAGCUCUCUAAAGAACCAUCAGCUCGCCUGUUGAAGCAUGUUGUUCGCUGCUACCUUCGCCUCUCGGACAAUCUCAGAGCCAGAGAGGCCCUGCGUCAGUGUCUGCCAGACCAGCUGAAGGACAGCACCUUUGCCCAGGUGCUGAAGGACGACACCACCACCAAGCGCUGGCUGGCACAGUUGGUCAAGAACCUGCAGGAGGGCCAAGUCACCGACGCUAGAGGCAUCCCACUGGCUCCGCAAUGAUGAGGACAGAGUGUGUUUUCAGCUGACACAGAGACUCUCAUCACCGCCUAGAUUUUGUAUUUUGCCAUAUUCAGCGCUGAGACUGCGCUGGAGGACAUAAUAGAGGAAGAUUUGCUUUUGGAUACAUAAUUUACACCAGUUUUACUGCCAGUAUGUCACUUCCACAAACAAAGUCUCGACUCCACAACUGAAAAAUAGUUUUUUAAAGAGCCAGACUGAUCGAAGAUUUUCAAAGCCGAUACUGAUAACUGAUAUUUGACAAUAAUUUAAUCCAAUAAUGAAAUAUUGGCUGGUAUUUGUUUAUGACGUUAAUGUUUUUGGCAAGAUCUAAAAUGAAAAGUUUGAGUGUGAUAUUUUUAAAGUUUGAAACAAAAGAUUUCACUAUCAAAACGAUCCAAAAAAACAGUCCUUUUUGAACAGAGAAAUGCAUUGAACUUGAAAUAAGAAAAAAGUGUCAAAAACAUUUAUUGCUGCAGUUAACCAUACGGCAAUGUCUAUCUGGAUGUCUGUCUCGGUUGUUGAUAUCAGCGCUUCAAAAAUAUCGGUCAGCUCUAGCUUUUCCUGUUUCUCACUGUAAUUUCCUGUAACAUUCCACUUUAAAGUAGGAACUGUUGUUUUUUUUCUUCUUGCAUUUCAAAUAAGACUUUUAAACCUUCUCUAUGACUGGGUGUGUCUCCUUUUUUUGCUAAGCUCCUGUGAUCUGAUUUCACAGUAUAUACAGCAGUUUAGUAAAACAGUGGAUGUAUUUCUCUAUAGUUUUGUGUUUAAGGGCUUUGUAUGUGGAUGCCCAGUAAUGCAUAAAAUGAUUUCUGUCCAGAGUGAAAUCUCAGCAGUUGGUCUUGUUUAAGAUAUUUUAGAAAUAAACAGUUUUCAAAGUGAAUAGUUAGUAGUGAAGUUAAUAGUCCCUUUGACAUUUGGUAGGAGGAAUUGCUUUCAGUCUUGUUCACUGGAAAGACAGUGCAACGUUGAUUUUUAAACCUAUGUUGCUGGUUAAUUUUCUGUCAAUUGUUUUAACUAUAUUUGAGUCUUGGCUUAACAAAUUCAGCAGCUCUGAUGAGCAGUAUUUUGAUAAGGUGUCAUUGUCACUAGUGUUGCUGUGGGGAAAAAAAAAAGUUUUUUUCCAAGAGGAAUUAUUUUUAUUUUAUUUUUUUUUAUCUGGUGAUAAUGCAGUCAAAGUUUUGAAAGUUAUUUUCAAGUUGGAUUCGUUCUUUGUCAGUCCGAUGGGAAAUGGGCUCACCUGUGCUCACUGAGUGCACACUCUUAACAUCCCCACAGACUACGCUGAUGAGCCUUAAUUUCCUUUCACCAGUACAUUAACAGAUUGUGGCCCCCAUAUGUUCCAUUAUCCUCACAACGGCUGAGAUGGACAGCAUCUAUCGCGGAAACCCCUACGCUCAAGCCUUCCAUUUGUGAGCAAAUCGGAUUCCCGUAGGACACCUUUCUAAGUAUGCGUCGUGCCUUUUGGUCGGUUUACCCUUUAUGAGGAAAGAGUUACGGUAGCUAAAGUCAUUAUAGGCCUCUUUGCUGGGACCCUUUCAAAUGGAAGAGUACAUUAGCUCGACUGGGUUGAGAAUGGCUAAAGUGAUGUUUUCCAUUUUUAUGUUGCUAUUUGUGAUUCGGACGUCUACAUUGUAGCCACUAAUCACCCAUGAUUUCCUUUUGAGUGUUAAAACAGGUUACAAUUGUAAUCAAGGCAUUUCCAUAUGAAUGUUGUCCUGGAGAAAUACAAAUCAAAGUUAGUAAACAUUGUAAUAAAAACUGCAUCUUAACAGCUGUUUCCCAUCAAGGCUCUGCUCUGCAGUAUGUGGCAUACUACUGCCUUGAUCAGUGUUUACUCCUGAUUGUAAUCUUUUGAUAUCAACUUCAGGAUAUCAGUUUUUUUUAUAAAAAGCACAACAUGUAUUU